AUGAUUACAUUUACAUAGUCAAAGAGUCGAUUCUCUCUUUAUUAUUUGGAGGAGAGCGAGAAGUAUUUGUAAGAUCUUUCUGCCAAGGUGCGUCAAGUCAACAUGAUGAAAGGUGAUGAGCGAUUGGAAAGGGGAAAGGUGCACAUUUGUUCACGGACAUUGAUAUUCGAGCCAGAGAGGUAGGAGUUGCCCAUUCAGAAAUUGUUCUACAAAAUGAUAACAACCCCUUUGAAGCAAUCGAAUUGUAUCAGCUUUCGAAUUAAACGCAUAAUUGAGAUUCACACCCAAGGACCACCCUCUCCUUAUGUUUAUUUGGAUGACAUCGAUAUGGAGUUCUAAAUUGAGCCCCUGUUUGACAACAUCAAGAUCGUGUUUGAGUUGAUAGAGAGGAUCUUGUAAAUAAAUCAGCAGAAACAUGAUGUUGAAGGGGAAGUUGAAAAAUUGGAUUCAGAGAAAUUGCAAAAAAUUAGAUUCAACAUGAGUUUUGUAGAAUCAGUCAGUGAGAAACCCCUGAUUCAAAAGGAGAUGUUGGUGCGCAAAAUUAUGCCAUUGAUUCAAACCAAGGGUAACACUUUAUUGUGCAUCAUCUUAGGCAUUUUGUACAUAACCAAUAAGAUCAUCUAUUUCCAGCCGUUCUUCAAGGUGACAUUGAAACCAUGCAAGAAGAUCCCUAUCGAAGAGAUCAAGAUCCUGUACAAGAGAAGAUUCGAAUUGAUGGACAUUGGUUUGGAAAUCAUUUUGAAUAGCGGCAAAACCAUCUAUUUUGCAUUUGAAAAUCAAGAUAGAAUGGAGGAAGUCUACAAAGUGCUUAUAGGGAAAGUAACCAUCGAGGCUGAAACCAGUUUGGAAAAGAUGCAAUAUUUAUGGUAAAGUGGGCAAAUCUCAAAUUUCGAAUACUUGAUGCGAUUAAAUCAAGCAGGCAAUAGAAGCACAAGUGAUUUAACUCAAUAUCCUGUCUUCCCUUUGAUCAUUAUUGAUUACGAAUCCACAACAUUGGAUUUGAAUAAUCCAUCCACGUAUCGUGAUUUGAAAAAACCUAUCGGAGCUUUAAACGAAAAGAGAUUGAAGGAAUUCCUGAAUCGAUAUUAAGAGAUGCCUAAUCCUAAGUUUCUAUAUGGAACUCACUACUCCACUCCAGGAUACGUCAUUGGUUAUUUGGUGAGACAGAAACCACAAUACAUGUUGAAGUUGCAAUCAGGAAAAUUUGAUAAACCCGACAGAUUGUUCAAAAGUAUCAAGGGAGAUUUCAAAAACAUCAUGAACAAUCCUACUUCGCUAAAAGAAUUGAUUCCUGAAUUCUUCUUAGAUGAUGACUCAUUUUUGGUCAACAAAUUUAAUUUGGAUCUUGGAAUCAGACAAAACCAAAAGAAGGUUGGAGAUGUUAAAUUACCUAAAUGGGCUAGUAAUGCUAAAGAAUAUUUGAAAUUGAAUCGAAUGGCCUUGGAAAGUGAAUAUGUGAGCAAUUAGUUACAUCAUUGGAUUGAUUUAAUCUUUGGGUACAAAUAAAGAGGACCUAAUGCUGUCGAUGCAAACAAUAUAUUUCACUAUCUAACUUACGAGGGCACUGUGUAGAUCAGUAGUUUAACAGAUCCCAUUGAAAGACAAGCCAUCGCAUGUUAGAUCAAUGAAUUCGGAUAGUGUCCUAAAUAGUUGUUUAAGAUUGAGCAUCCACCUAAGUAUGCUUUGAGAAGUGGAUAGAUGAUCUACAAAUCUAUUGAACAAAUUAAACAAUAGAAGGAAGAGGAGGUUCCAAUUAAUGUAGAAGGGUUGAUUUGGGAAAAUUUGGAUAAGAAGGACCAAUUCUCAAACAAGGUCAUUUCCAAGGCACAUAAAACUAAUAUCACUGAUAUGGUAGUGUUAGAAAAGAAAGGUCUCUUAGUGACCAUAGGCUAGGAUGGUUUCUUAAAAGUUAUUGAUUUAAAAGAAUUCACUGUCUUGAAGUCCUUUAAAGUAGAUGAAUUCUGUUUAAGUGUGAUAGUUGUAUUGAAGCCAGAUGAAAUAUUUGCAAUUGGAAGUUGGGGUUCAUAAAUACAUGUGUUUAAUAUCAAUUAUGGAAGCAAGGUGUAAGUUGUUUAAAGAUUCAAUAAUUCUGUAAGUUCCUUAGUGUACUUGCAGAAGAAGAAAAUAUUGAUAACUGGAUCAUGGGAUUGUUCAUUGAAGAAAUUUGAAUGUUCAGAAAAUCAAAUUAAGUAAGACACUGAAGAAAUGAUUGAUGAUUGGGAGGCUUAGAUCACUCAUAUCGCAGCCACUGAAGAUGAAUCAAUGAUUGCAGUCGGAGAUGUUGAUGGUAAAGUGAUUACAAUAAGUACCAGCAAUUGGACACAACAAAAUCAAUUUGAAAUCAAUGGGGAGAAAAUAGUAAAAUUACUAUUUUUUAAAACAAGUUUGCUUGUAGUAGGUGAUACUUAAAUUAAGAUGUUCAACAAUACUAGUUAAUUAUUGGAUUUCAAGAUUGACAAAAACAAUGGAAUUGUAACAGAUGUAUUGAUUGAUCGUGAGAAGUAUCUUGUCGUUAGUACAAAAAAGGGAUACGUAGCUGUAUUCUCAAUGUUGUUGGAGAGCAAAUUAGGAUAUCUAUUCACUGAUUAUUAGACCCAGCCAGAUUUGAUUGUAAAUUAGGAUUAGCAAUUUACAAAGAUGUCCUUGUAAGACAAAGCCCUGGUGUUGGCAAGUCAGAAUGGUAGUGUCAACAUAUUACAAUAUUGA